AAAAGUUCAUCAGAGAUUCAGAAGAGAACCACUCUCUCUCUCUCUCUCUCUCUGAGUUCCCAUGUCUACAGUGGCGCUGUCUGUGGUUGAACAACCAACCACUGUCCACCACGUGGUUGCGAUGCCAUUUCCAGGCCGAGGCCACAUCAACCCCAUGAUGAACCUCUGCAAGUUACUACUCUCUUCAAAAGAACCAAACCUUCUCAUCACCUUCGUCGUCACCGAAGAGUGGCUCGGCUACAUCGGUUCUGAUCCCAAGCCUGAAAACAUACGCUUCGCCACGAUGCCAAACGGCUUCGUCCCCCCCGAGCGUCUAAAAGCCGUCGACUUCCCUGGGUUCUACGAGGCCGCGAUGACGAAGAUGGAAGCUCCCUUUGAGCAACUCCUGGAUCGGCUUCAGCCGCCGGUACGUGCCAUUUUAGGUGACGUUGAGCUACCGUGGGUGAUCGGCGUAGGAAAUCGCAGGAAUAUUACGGUAGCCUCGCUUUGGACCAUGCCGGCUACUUUUUUCUCAAUGUUACAUCAUUUUCAGCUAUUCACACGAAGCCGGAAUUUACUGCUCGAUAUUCCAAAAAUUGAUCAAGACAAACAUGUGGAUCACAUUCCCGGACUUUCUUCAGCACAAGUAGCCGACCUUCAAACAAUCUUCCAUGAGAACGACCUCCGAGUACUGCAGCUUGCAAUGGAAUGCAUUGCAACAGUGUCAAAUUCACAGCACCUUCUGUUCACUUCUUCCUACGAGCUUGAACCCCAAGCCAUUGACUCCUUAAAUGCAAUUUUCCCUUUUCCUGUUUACCCUAUUGGCCCUGCCAUACCUUUCUUGGAGCUUGAAGAUAAUUCCUCUGCAAGAAGCCACGACAACCCCAGCUACCUCCAAUGGCUAGAUUCCCAGCCUGCAGGUUCUGUCUUGUACAUCUCAUUGGGAAGUUUCCUUUCAGUCUCAGGCGCCCAAAUGGAUGAAAUUGCAGCUGGGCUGCGUGAUAGCGGUGUUCGUUUCUUGUGGGUGGCUCGCGGAGACUCUUCUUCUCAGUUGAAAGAGAGAUGUGGUGGCAUGGGGAUAGUUCUGCCAUGGUGUGAGCAAUUGAGGGUGUUGUGCCAUUCUUCCAUAGGAGGUUUCUGGUCGCAUUGUGGGUGGAAUUCCACUCUGGAUGCUGCUUUCGCCGGUGUUCCUAUGCUCACCUUCCCUUUGUUCCUUGACCAAGUUGCGAAUAGCAGGCUAAUUGUAGAAGAGUGGAGGAUUGGGUGGAGGAUAAAGAGAUCAGAGUCAGGAAAUGAUGACAUUUUGGUGACCAAAGAAGAAAUAUCAGAGCUUGUGGGAAGGUUUAUGAAUCUUGAAAGUGGAGAAGUGAAAGAAUUGAGGGAAAGAGCAAGAGGACUCAAAGAUUCUUGUCACCAAGCUAUUGCAGAAGGUGGAUCAUCACACACAAACCUUGAUGCAUUUAUAAGGGGCAUUUCACAAAGCCAUGGCUAUUGAUCAGCAUAUAUGCAGUUUGUUUCUGUCUCAAGAAAGGCCCCUUUUUUUUUCUCUAGGGAUAAAUUUAA